UUCAGCUUUAUAAGUUAACUUUUAAAUGUUGUAACAUUUAUAACUGUAUGUUUUCAUUAGUAGCCACCUAUUGUUAGCUGAUAUCACGAUAGGUUUACCGUGCAAACCAUCUGUUAUUGUUUGUGUGAAUUAUGAUAUUGAAAAAUUCAACUAUUCAAUUUAACAAUUUAACUGGAUGUAACGUGACAAACUCGACAUUACCGGAAAUAACACCCUACGAUGCAGAAGGGGCGAUGAAAUUUACAGUUGCUGUAGUGAUGGUUUAUGGUGUUGCUGUUAUUGGAGUUUUUGCUGUAAGUUAUGCUAGUCGACGUAAACCUAUGAACUAUGACGUAGACAGACAGGCUAGAUAUUUUAUAAAAAAUAUGGAUGAUGUUCGUGCUAACCUUGAAAGAAAAAAUAGACUACUUUCGAUCAAUAUGUUACUGAAAAAUAUACACGGAGGUUCGGUUGAACCUAAUACCAAACAAAAAUCUAUUCAAGAAGGUAUAUUGUCGUAUGUUGCAUUUCCGGUAAUGGUUGUCUCGGGAGGAGCAACAAAAAAUUCAAAGGAAAGCGAGGACACAAAUGUUUCAAGUGCGGAAUCGCCAAAGUCUCCUAUCGAUUCGGAUUAUUUUAGUAGAGAGACGUUAGAAGUAUUAACUGAAGAAAAUGAAAACUACGGGAAUAACGAUUUAUUAAAGAAUGACGAUGAAAAACAAAACUCUAAAAGUGAUUCAUUUGUGACGGUUUCAUAAUUAUCAUCAUGAAUUUAUAUAUUCUAGUGUCCAGUGGUAAGAAGCAUCAUUAUCAAAGUUUUUCACAAUAUAAAGCUUGCAAGAAGUAAAUGCAUUUAUUUUUUUUAUUAAAUAAAUUGUCCAUUCGUUUUU